AGGUGUCCCUCUUCAGGGUCCAGCCCCCCCAGUUUUGACGUCACAGACGCAGAGACACAAAACAAGGCGUUCUCGGCUGAGCUCCGCACUUGACUCGGCUCACACACACACGCACACUGACACACACACUCUUCAGCUCACAUUCAAACCUGCCCUCAGACACGCUGCAACACUUGGCUCAACACCCGCUCAGCCUCUCUGCACGGGAGAACAAUCUUCUUGCAAGAUGAAACACCCUCUCAGUCUGUCUGACAGAAAAACCUGCUCCAUCUGUAGCAGAGAGACGCUCGUUUGUGUGUGAAGCCGCCGCCGGGCGCCCGACCCAGACCCCGUCCCAAAGAGCAGCAGAUGUGACCGAGGAGGAGAGAGAAACACAAUCCUUCCCGCCCCUCAUCCUCGGGAACAAUAGCCAGCCUCCAGCUGGAGAGGCUCGGCUUUUUUGUCCUUCUGUUCCAGCGAGGAGUGGACAGACGCGCUGACACGUUUGACCUGCUGCAGUGAGAGGAGGACACGCUGCACUCGGCUCACUUUGAUUCAGUACUUGGACAGUUCCUGAGCUGCAAGCGCAGGGAGUCUCUGUGUGCGUUUGUGUUUUCAUGAGAGCUUGAGGAAGGACUGAAACACAUCCGAUUUGGAGAGAGUAAUAAAAAAGAAAACUCAGAAUGCAGCCGCUCCAGCUCGGCCACACGGAUCCCUCUGGAGCUCUGGGAUCUCAGAGCAGCAGCAGCAGCCUCCUGAAGCUGGGAGAGAAGCAGCUGUUUGAGAAGUUUUGGAAAGGAACUUUCAAGGCUGUGGCCACCCCCAGACCAGAGAGUGUCAUCGUGGCGAGCAUCACUGCCAGGCGGAGAGUGACUGACUCAGAAACAACAACCUGCCAACCGCUGAACACCGAUGAUAGGAAAGCAGUUGACACUCAGGCAGACAGCCCAAACAGGAACGGCUGCAUCAAAGGACGUAAACACCACCAUCGCCACCGCAGGGCCAGAAUACACUACUUUGAUGAUGUUUUUUCUGCUCGACCAAAGGGGAAGAAGAAGAAAAGGAAAUCUGAGCGCAAGAGGAAAAGAAAAAGGUCUCCUUCCCCCAGUCUGUCGCCACUGAGGAAGAAGAAAAAGAAGAAGAAGAAGAGCUCAAAGAAAAGCAAGCGGCACAGGUACACCUCCAAGAAAUCCAAACACAGCUCCUCAAGUUUAAAACGUAAAAGGAAAGAUGAACGCAAGCACAAGAAAAGCUCACGGACUCGCUCUCAUCGCAGGCGGCGCCAUCGGAGGUCAGAGUCGCGCUGCUCCUCCUGCCGAUCCUUUGCAGAGGACAGACACCAUCUGCAAACGUCUGAGGCUCAUCAGGCUCUGAGAGACCUGGGAGAAACCAGAUCAGGGUUGAACCACAGGGACGCAAAGUGGAGAAGAGCAACCAAAUCUGUGUGUAAAAUGGCCACAAAAUGUCGCUCCAUCCUCUCAGGCGGCAGCAUUUUACCAUCAAAGUCUGGAAGUGAGCUUUUUAAAGGGGGCAGAUCUCAGGAAUUAGCUUACCUUGCUAAAGGUCCUCGGGAUUACGACUCUGGUAACGAUACUUCUUCGCCUCCAUCGAGCAAAACUGGCGUUUCUCGGGCGAGCGCCGCUGAGAACAAGAAGAACCUGUGUCAGCCUCUGGCCUCGCUGAACAAGAAGCAGAAAUGUUCUUACAAAGACAACAGCUCCGAUUCAGGAAACUCUGUGAGCAGCUACGCUUCUUCAUGCAAACAUUCUGAGGAGGACAGCUUGUCUGCCAUCGUUUUCAGAGGAAACUGCAAAAGUGAGCAGAUAACCUUGGGAUGUCAGGUAGAGGUUGUGAGAUCCUCCAAGAAGAGGAGCAGAUCGUCUCGACGGCGGUUAAAAAGCCACUCGUCCAGCAGCAGGAGCAGAUCCUCGGGGAUUUUCAGACACUCUGGACGCCGUUCUCGAAGUCCCUCCCUGUACUCGUGCAGUUCGUCCUCUCGCUCUCUGAGCGACUCGUCAGUGGUGAGGCGAAGAGGCAGCGUGGUCAGCCUGAGUUCCAGAGGAAGCUACUCCAGACACAGUGCUGACAGACUACGAGACAGAAAGAGACCAUCCAGCUCCAGAGAAGCAGGCGUGAAGCAUAAGGUCAGCGGGAAGAGGCGAAGACGCAAAUCCUACACUCCUAUGAAGAAGAGGAGGAGAGACUCUCCGAGCCAUCUGGAAGCUCGCCGCAUCACAAGUGCCAGAAAGAGACCCAUCCCUUACUUCCGACCCAGCCCUUCCUCCAGCAGUCGUUCCACCAGCGUGUCAUCCUGGAGCAGCCUCUUCACGCGCAGCCGCAGCCGCAGCCGCAGCCGCAGCUACUCUUCCUACAGGAGCUACAGCCGCAGCUCAUCGUGGAACUCCAUCUUUGGGUCCUGCAGUCGCAGCAGGAGCCGCAGCUCCCCGAGGAAACGAAGGAAAGCCAGACAAUGACGUCUCUCGGAAAAGAGGACCGAUAUGGACUUUUUUUUUUUUGGGUGGGUGAGGAGGGGGGGUGUCUUCAGAUGAGAGCGUGGACGGCAGCUGUCAGAGCAGCUCACCGUGAGCAUCUUUAGGAUCCACUUUGCUGCCUGAGUGGAAACAUCCCGGCGGUGGCUCGAGCACAUCUUUCAUGGAGACACUUCUGUUCCUUGAGCCCACGCAGACAGCAGAAGACCGAAUGUCAUUUAGUUUGUUUGUCCUUGUGCUGAAUCCUCUUGCAUCAGUGCUCACAACAAGCUGAGGCUGUUUGUCUCUUUAAAAAAAAAUACAUCAUUUCUGUGUUUCUUCAACUAGCAUCCUUCUCAAUAUUCAUCCCAAAUGCCCCAUUUCCUUUAAUUUAUCCCUGUUAAUGUUUAAUGUGGCCAAAUGGGCGAUCCAAGACGAUUGAAAUUACUCAACUUCAAUUCAGUUUUCACUCCAAGCGUUCAGCGUGUUUUCACCAAAUGCGAAUUCACUGUCCUGUACGACCCAGUCUGAAGUACUUGAGCAACAUUUAGGCCGUUUGAUCCCCGUGUUUAUAGACGGCGUCACAGGGAUCGCUAUCAGCAGCCAGAGUUCAGGCCUUCAGCUCUGAUCUCAGCACUUCACAAGGUGGAGAACAAACACGCUCCCUCGGCGUAGGCGGCCCGACGGCGAGGAAACUUCCCGUCAGCUUAAAUGUCAAAUUACUGUUUCCUCUGAUCAAGUGAAGAAAAAAAAACAACAGUUUUGUGUCUAAAAUACAACAGGGGACGAUCAAAUCAAGCGUUUUUUUUUUUUCCUGGUGGAGGAGGCGUUUGUCUUAACGUGCAGCGAGUUGUGUGUUUGAUAGGUCUAUUUUAGGAAAUAAAGAUUGACUAAACUGCUCAGAACCUAAAUUAUUUAGUGAGUUUACGUUUAGUUUUCAUGAUGAAGUUGUAACAGUUUUGGCAUCAAAAUGCUGGAAAUUAUUCUAAAAUAACUUACUUAAAUUAUUUUUACGUAUUUAUUUAUUUAUUUAUUUAUUUUAUUUUAUUAAUGUGCAUUGGUGGACAUGUUUAUGACUUAUUCUGUAUGUAUUUAUUUAAUAUUAUUUAAUUUUUUUAUUCAUGCACAUAAGGAAUCCUGACACUGCAGCUUCGUUGCUUCAGGAAGAAUAUCCGUGAGUUCACUCGCCCCUGCAGAACGGAGCAACCAUAAGAAAAACUAAAAAAAAA